AUGUCUGAAUUACAUGACUUCAUGAACCCUCCCUUUGAGAACGCUCCAUCCACUGAUGCCGCCAACACCCGCGGCAUGGAUGCCAACGGCCGAUCUCACUUGACUGGAAACGUCCAUCGAGCUGAGGACGGGGCCCGCAUCAAGGUAGAGCCGGGAUCAAAUACAGCCUUUUUCAAUCAAUGGCGUGGAUUUAAUGUUUCCGCCCAAGAAGCCAAUGCCGUGGAAGACGAGGUCAACACUGUUGACAAAGAAGACAGCCAGAAAGUAAAGGAGGAGCCUGGCUCACCUUUGUCUCCGGGAGCAAACGAAGAUGCCAUGGUAGAACCUGGCUCACCCCGAUCUCCAUCACUUUAUGCCAUUCCAGCCUCCCAUGACGCACGCAUCGUGUCAACGCCACAAGUGGCCCGACCAAUCCCGUCUCGUCAACCCUCACCUCGACGAAGCCCCCAGCGCAACGCCCUUAAAGUGCCAAUCAACGGUCGCGGCAUUCGUCGCAACUUACAGUUUUUCAUUAAUCACGGGAACCAGCGACGAGCAAUUAAUGAGGCACAGUUGUCCCGCCGGCAUCAGAUGCAGGACCAACAGUUCGAGCAACGACGGUUUCAGCGUCAGGUGGACGAACUCCAGCGGCAGCAUGAGCAGCGGCUGAAAGACGGCGAUAGCGCGCCUUGCAACAGCAUGCCUGUGUCCCGGAAGCGCGGGUUCUCUGGUGCAAGGUAUGUUGAGAGAUUCAGCGUCCGAGAUGAGGAGGACUAUGGUCGCUUGAGCCCUUAUAACUUGUACUAAGGUAUCCACGGACCAUGUUGAUUGGUUGACGAUACCCCACCAGAUAGUCCUCUAUGGAGAAGGGUAAAGACAGAAUAAGUAUUUUUGGCUGGAUUGUCAUUCUUGAGAGGACGGAGAAG